AUGAGACCAAGCGAGAGUUUAGAAACAGUUAAUGAGGCAAAGACAGCAUACAAGACCGACAGAAAGGGAUUUGCCAGAAAGACAGAAAGUGUUGGAAGGAGAGUCAGCAACACGAGAGACAAAGAAGUAAGGAAAAACAGCCAACCACAGACAAAAGGAAGCCAGAAGAGACAGUCGACCGCAUACAAAAGGAAGCCAGGAGAGAUAGCCGACCACAGAGACAAGGAAGCCAGGAGAGACAGCCGACCACAAACAAAAGAAAGCCAGGACAAACAGCCGACCACAGACAAAAGGAAGCUAGGAGAGACAGCCGAACAGAGACAAAAGGAAACCAGGAGAAACAGCCGACCACAGACAAAAGGAAGCCAGGAGAGACAGCCGAACAGAGACAAAUGGAAGCCAGGAGAGAUUGCCAAACAGAGACAAAAGGAAGCUAGGAGAGACAGCCGAUCAAAGACAAAUGAAAGCCAGGAGAGACAGCCGACCACGGACAAAAGAAAGCCAAAAGAGACAGCUAAACAGAGACAAAUGAGGGAAGGGAGACAAUUGAAGCAAUCAGGGGCAAGGCAGUUGGAUGAGGUGUUAUUUCUGCUCGUGGCGGCCAUGUCAUGCGAUCCUGGUGCCGCGGCGCAGAAAGCUGCAUUGUACAGGUACAUUUCUAAUCCUAUGUUACAUAAAAACACGGCAAAGAAAUCAGCAGCCUCUGAUCAUGUAGCCAUAAGCAUACCGAGAGCUUUGAAACGAUCUCUCCAGGAAACGUAA